CUGACGUCAUCUCCAAGGGUUUCUGUGGACAUCUGUGGAUCACUUAGGGGAACAAGAAAAAAGAUCACCAGUCAGUAUAAUAAAAAGAAGAAGCUUUAGCAGGAUGUAUUCGCCAACAUGCCAACCAUUCAACCAGCGGAGUCUGUACAAGAAACCGAUGAAAUUUGCGUGUACAGGCCCAAGGACUUGGAGCCUUCCCUGCCCAAAUGACAGGACAAAAAUGACGGAAGACCUGGACACUGUUCGCGAAACCCUCCUGUCUUCCAUACAAAACAACAACCAUCAACACAUCGCUGUUCUGGUGGACAAAUACAAAGAGUUCCCGGAGAUCGGUGGUCAGCCAACGAAAGAUGGGUUCUGUCCCAUUGUCCACGCCGCCAAGAAGGGCGCCCUCCAGUUUGUCACUAAAUUUCUGAAGCAUGGCGUUGACGUGGACGCCACGGAUGGGUAUCAGUGGACGCCCUUAAUGGUUGCAUCUGCGGAAGGUCACCUGGGCGUUGUAAAGGAGCUGCUGGCGGCUGGUGCAAGAGUAAACCGUCAAAAGAGCAAUGGUAUCUCCGCUCUGUGGAAGGCUUCGGAACAGGGUCACUUGGACAUCGUCGACACUCUCAUUGCUGCGGGGGCUAACUGCAACCUGGCCAAUAAAAGCGGUGCAAGUUGCCUGUGGAUCGCGUGCCAGCACGGUCACGUGGCCGUUGUGACGUCACUGAUGAAGGCAAGUGCUGACGUAAAUGGUCGGCGUGAUGACGGUGCUUCUUGCCUGUGGAUUGCGGCUCAGGAGGGACAUGAUGGCGUUGUUGGGGAACUGCUGAAGAAUGGUGCCGAUAUAAAUGCAGUGAAUGCAAAUGGUAUCAGCAGUUUGUGGAUUGCCUCACAAGAAGGGCACACGAAGGUGGUGGAGAUACUUCUUAAAGCUGGGGCCGAUGUCACCGUGGGGAGCAAGCACGGGGCAUGCAGUUUAUAUGUAGCCUCCCAGAACGGGCACACAGACGUGGUCAAGGCACUCUUACCUGCAGAUCCUUUCUACCACAAGACGCAGGGGCCGACUUGCUUAUUCAUAGCGUCCCAGAAUGGCCACGGGGGCGUUGUGGAGGCCCUCCUGGCAACUGGGGUUGACCCCAACUCGACCAUGUCUUCUAGCGGAGCCAGCAGUUUAUUUGCCGCCGCAGAAAAUGGUCAUAAAUCUGCUGUUCAGGCCCUCUUGGCAGGGGGAGCCAAAGUCAACCUGCCGUCCAAGAGCGGUGUGACCGCCCUCUAUGUGGCAGUUCAAAAGAACCACGCGCACGUGGCUGAAGUGCUGUUGGCGGCUGGUGCAGAUGUUCAUUUCACGAAAGCCGACGGUUGGAGCAGUCUCCACGCCGCCUGUCACCAUGGGAACGUUGCUAUCAUCGAUGCACUUCUCAAGAAAGGAGCAAAUCUAAACCUCCAAAAUAAGAUCGGACGCACGGGGCUUCACCUUGCCGCCCAACAGGGGCACAAAGAAGUGGUAAGAUUGUUAAUUGACAAAGGUGCUGACGUCAGUGUCAAAGAUAGUGCUGGAAAAUUGUUUUACGAGAAAGCAAGAUCUCAGGAUAAGGAAGAUUUCGUCAAGAUGUUUCAAUCUGUUAAGUUAUAGACUGCUGAAAGAUGUUUAAAUACCAAAGGAUCAUAGAGAAAAGGUUAUUGAAUCAAGGGCAAAGUUUGCAAUAAUUCACGCUGUCUGUGAAAAUGAUUUAUUAAGUUGGCACUCCUUUUUUGUAAAAUAUCUCAGAGAUUCAAUAUGUUAGGGAAGUUAUCAAAGUAGUUGUUUUGCUUUAAAGUAUGUUGAACUGUUAGAGUUUCUCUGAUAUUGUUUGGUUUUUGGGGUUUUAGUAACGUAAAACGUUUAUUUGAUGUUAUAUUUAUAAUGCAAAAAGUAACAAACGAAAAUCCUGAAAUUUACAAAACCUGUUAUGAUGAGAAUAAAAUAUGCGAAAACUGAA